CUUUCUUGCGUCUUUCUUAGUUGAAACUCCCGGAGUUCUCACUUUGUUGCGAGCUUUGCCUAGCGCACGUAUUAAUUUCCCUCUUCAUAAAAUAAAUGCAAAAUAUCGGUGCAAAAUGUACGGAAUGUUACUCGAAAGUGUGCAGCAUUUUGUCCAGUUAGAAUACGGCGAAGAAAUUUGGCAGAAAGCUCUGCAUUUGUCGGAAUGCAAGUACACGGUCUUCAGCACCCAUCAGGUGUACCCUGACCACAUCAUGGGCGCUCUGGCGGCCGCUUUGGCCGAAAUCACCGCCCAGUCCACGGACGCUUUCAUGAAUUUUUUCGGCAAGUGCUUCGUACGAUUUUUCAGCAAUUACGGUUAUGACCUUACAAUUAAAGCAACAGGUCGCAAUUUCACUGAUUUCUUGGAAAAUGUCGAUAAUAUCCACAUUCAGUUCACACUUUCUUACCCGAAGAUGAAAAGCCCGUCCAUGUAUGUAACGGAAGUUGAUGAAAAUGGAUGUGUAUUGGUUUAUCGGAGCGGAAGACAGGGAUUCAAUCAUUAUUUAAUGGGUCAAUUGCAUCAGAUUGCGGAAGAUAUUUUUAAUCUCAAGUUGGAAACAACUGUCCUUAACCAGGAAAAUAAAACGAUUGGUGGACGAAACAUAACAAUCGUCAAUUUCAGGCUCAACUUUGACAACUCACAAUACAUAGCCGGAAAGCAGGCCGAAGCCGCUGCGCACUUAGAGAUCAGCCAACUGGCCCCCUUUUCCUGCAGCCUCCUCCUGGAGCUUUUCCCUUGCGCGAUCCUCUUCAACCCGCUGCUGGAGAUCAUCGGUUGUGGCGAAAAGCUCGUGCACUUGUCCGGAGGCAAGAGCAAGCUUUUGCGAAAGCCCGUGACAAAGUUUUUCCGGUUGAGGCGCCCCAAAGGGAUCAGUUUCACGUGGAAAAAUAUUAUUAACUUGAAAUCGGUCAUGUUCGAGCUGGAGCUGCUCCGGUCCGAGCUGGUGCAAAAGGCCGACAUUGGCGACACCCUCGAUGAUAAGACUCUAGAGAUUGAAAUCGACGGGAAAAGCAUCUCGCCGUAUGCUUUGAGGCGAGACAGCCAGCCCGGCUUGAAAAACAUCCUUUUGAAAGGUCAGAUGCGGUUUCUUGACGACAUAAAUGCGGCUAUUUAUCUCUGCAGCCCUGUAGUGAAUGAUAUUAACGAGCUGCCUGAUCAAGGGCUUUAUCUCAACGACCUGAAUCAACACGGGCUGGGGAAGGAGAUGGUGCUAGCGGGGUGGCAACACAACUCCAAAUUGGGGCUGAUGUUCGAUAAAGCGGAACAGAGGGCCACUGAACUCGAGAAUAACCACAGCUUGUUGGACACGUGGAAGAGGAGAGGAGACGAUCUUUUGUACUCCAUGAUACCCAAAACGGUCGCCGAUCGGCUCAGAAAUGGCAAAUCGCCCUUAAGCACGUGUGAGACAUUCGAUUCUGUCACGAUAAUGUUUUGCGAGCUGGUGGGUUUCAACUCCACGACGGUGCAAGACGCCAUGGAGUUGGUCUCAACCAUGAACGCAGUUUUCUCCUGUUUCGACUCUCUCAUGGACAGAUUCAACGUCUAUAAGGUUGAAACUGUGGGUCAAGUCUACAUGGCGGUGAGCGGAGCCCCCGAAAGAACCUCCUCCCACGCCCAAAACGUCUGCGACGUCUCCCUCUGUAUGAUGCACCAGGUCCAGAAACUCCAAAUCCCGUCAGGAAGUGGAACACGAGUUGUGGAAGUUCGCAUUGGAGUGCAUUCAGGUCCUGUCGUUGCUGGAGUUGUGGGUAUCAAAGUCCCAAGAUAUUGCUUUUUCGGUGACACGGUUAAUACAGCGUCACGAAUGCAGUCGACAAGUUCGCCGGGAAUGGUGCACAUUUCCGCACAGACUAAGGACAAACUCCCUGAAGAGCGCUACCUUAUUGAGGAUAGAGGACUCGUGAAACUGAAGGGAAAAGGAGAAGUCCAGACGUUCUGGAUAUUUGAGAAGGAACCGAUCGCUGUGUGAAAGAAGAUCGACGGUAUACGAUAUUUUAUUUUUGUGUAUUCAUGGUGAAAUAAAGUAUUUUUAUCCAAA